AUGUCAGCGGAUUGGAGCCGCAGUGAGCACGGACCAUAUCACUUUCAACAGCCAGAUGAUGGCAACCUUGAUAGCUUCGACUACAACAAUCUCAUCACUCUCACCCCAACUCCUACUUUCAGUUCCUCUCGCAAGAUGAGUCUCAAAUAUGGUGCUUAUGGUGUUACCACGUCUUUGGCGGUAGUGGGAGCUUACAUGCUCUUCACGGGCGACGGAGAAGCUUUCAAUGUUGGACAAUUUCUGGAAGAUGUAUCGCCAUACGCAUGGGCGGACAUGGGAAUCGGAUUGUGCAUAGGAUUGUCUGUUGUCGGCGCAGCAUGGGGUAUCUUCAUUACUGGAUCAUCGAUUAUCGGUGGAGGUGUUAGGGCUCCCCGUAUACGAACGAAAAACUUGAUCUCCAUCAUUUUCUGCGAGGUUGUGGCUAUCUACGGCGUCAUUAUGGCAAUUGUGUUUUCAUCGAAAAUCAAGGGACUGGACGGAGACGCGAUAUAUUCUGGAAGCAAUUAUUAUACUGGAUAUGCGCUUUUCUGGGCCGGGUUGACCGUGGGCAUGUGUAAUCUGAUAUGCGGUGUUUCUGUUGGAAUCAAUGGGAGUGGAGCUGCGUUAGCUGAUGCAGCAGAUCCCAGCCUGUUCGUGAAGAUUCUUGUCAUCGAGAUUUUUAGCUCAGUCCUCGGUUUGUUCGGGUUGAUUAUUGGACUAUUAGUAUCCUCAAAGGCAGCCGAGUUUAGCGACGAAUGA